AUGGAGGACGCGGCUAGCAGCAAAAAUCCUCUCAACCAGAUGAGGAACUGGGAGGCAGUAAUCAUGAAGGAGAACGCCGUCAUGAGAGAGUGGGAAGGGUCCUGGGGAUUCAUGCGGUCGGCGCCUCAGAAAGAACGCUUGUUCGAGGUGGGAACCUGCAAGUACUACUCCAAGGGACUCGACGGCACCUGCCAGGCUACGCUCCGCCACAAGCGAAUCCCCAUCCUAGCACGUGCCUCCUCCGAGCUAGAGGACAAGGAGAAGGCGUUGUUGGAGACUAAGAUCUGCAAGCAGCGGGAGGGUCCGGAGAUGACAAGCUCGCAAGCUUACGGGGCAAGAAAGAAUAUCGAGUUGUUUGGAAUUUCUGAUUUCGGGAGAGGAAAAUUGAGCCUCCUCGUGGGAGGGAAGUCAACAGGAGCUGAUCUUACUGUCAGAGCAUGA